CUAUUUGUCAUCAUCGACGUCGUAGCUAUAUCGGUAAUCGGUAUCGCCAUUCGCCAAUUCGCCAGUCGUUACUCGUUAGUUCCUGUGUGAUAUUUUGAUGUAUUUAAUUAAAGUCUUUAAGUUCGCUCGAAAGACAUAAUAAUAUUUUGUACGUCCAACCCAAUACAGCCGGCUGACAGUGUACGAGAAAAUCGUAACGAAUCCAUAGUAUAGAUCUUGUACUAUCGUAAGUUUUGAAAUUAGGUCUUUAUCGUGUUUUCAUCUCCCUCCUCCAUUACCUCGAUGACAUCCCCACUCAUCGAAUAUUUUUAUUUUUUACCUUCGCCUCCCGUCUGGUCGGACAAGAAAGAACGACAGAAUCUAAGCAAGCAGGACGUGCAAUAGGUGUAAAACGUUACUUGUUGAGAGAAAAGGUGAACACUGAACAGGUUAUGUGAGAGAGACAGAAACGAAAAAAAAAAAUCGAAACAACAGACGAAUUUUGUCUACUGACAUAAGUACGUGCAUAGGUUACACUUGAUCCUGCCCGUACGGCGUCCGACCCGCCGCCGCUGAUUCACUGGCGUCCGAGUUUAUUAUAAUAAAAAACAAUAGUUCAGUCGAAUUAGCAACAGAAGCAGUGCAUAAAAUUUAAAAUUCAAAUGCUAAUUUCAGUGUCAAGUUGAAGGCGUCAUCGAAAUCCGUUUCAUUAUUUUUUCGUGAGUAUCUCGUGAAUAUUAUGAGUUAGAGUUAAACAUUUUUAAUUGACCGUCAUUAUUUUAUUAGUGGAGAUAGGUAUAUAGGUAACUAAAAAACAAACAAAACAAAGAGUAUUCGACUGAUGCUUGUAGACAGAUAUUGUAAUAAACUUUAAUCACUAUGCCUCCAUAUAAUUCUAUAAAAAGCCUACAAUCUUUAGCAUUAGAACAGACAUGUAAAUACAUAUUAAACAUAACUAACAAUAUGAAAAAAGAUGUAAAUGGAUCGCGAGAAUAUUUUAUCAAUAAUGUUCAUGCUUGGGCAAGAACCAAAAUUCUGGACUAUACAAAAAAUCUACUGGAUAAUGGAGAAAAAGAUAAUGAAAUUUGGGGCGAACUCAACUGUGUAAUGAUUGACUCAGAUCCAUACAUAAAAAUAUUGAGUGUUAAACUUAGUAUUUGGUUAAUAAUAUUAAAUGCCAUGUUGGAUAUUGGAGUUGCUCGAUUACCACCUUUGUUUCUCCACGGAGGAAUGGAAUUAGAAUUCCAAGAGUUUGUUUCUAUAUUGAACCGUAACAAUACUCAUCUCAAAGAACUGUCUGUGACCUUUCAAAUGUCAAGUAAAAAUAAUUAUACUCCUGCAGUGUACGCUUCAAUGUAUAACCUUCAAAAAACAUUUCAUGAAGGCUUGGCUUCAAAACUUGUUCAUUUAAAACUCGGUUUUAUUUGUGAUAAUGCAAUAUUGAAAACUAUCGGUGAACAUGCUUUGUGUUUAAAACAUUUAGAUGUAUCUGGUUCAUGGAAUGUUGAUGAAGCUGGAAUCAAACAACUAUUGUUUAAAAAAGAUGUGUAUGUGGAAACAAUCAACGUAUCAAACGAAAUGCUUUGUCAAAAUCUCAGCCAUAUGUAUGAUAAUAAGUCAUUUUUGAAUAACUGUUGUUUUACUCUGGAAGAAUUGCGAAUUCAGGAUACAAAUACAGAAGACGCUAGUUUACUAAUGAUAAUUGCAUGUGUAAAGAGCCUAAAAGCCUUAGGCGGUUUCCUCUACUUUAGGAACAUUGGUGAUGCUUUGGUAACUGUAUGGGAGAACUCUCCCAAGCCACGGAUAUUCCAGUUGACCGAAUUGUAUGAUAUGCAGUUGACAGGCAAGAAAAUAGCUGCACUUAAGGAAUGUCUACCAUAUCUAAAAAAACUGUACACCCGACUGUCAUGUGUUUGUACACCUGAAGAUUUUGCGGAUCCAGAACAGGGAUCAAUGUUUUGGGGCCGCGUACAAACAUUAACUAUUGAUCUUGAUUACAUGAUGAAUUUUCAUUUUAUCAAUUUUGUGUUUAACUAUGGUCGUAAUUUAUCUGAACUCACUAUUCUUGAUCAGGAAGCUGAUAUAGAUGUGGCAAAGCUCUUAGCAAGUUGCCCAAAUCUAUUAGUGCUUAAAGGAUUUUUACAUAUUUUUGAAAUGCCUGUUGGAAAGUUUACCAAACUGAAGUCAAUUGAAUUACACAUGCCUACUGUUGAAACAAUUAAUUGGUUUUUCGAAAACAGCCCUUGCUUAGAAGAAGCCAAGUUAUAUAGUGAUUCAAGACACCUUUAUUGGAAUACACAAGUUUUUGAAAGACCGCCAUUAAUCAUGUGCAAUAAUCUUAAAAGAUUGGAGAUUUCGUUCAAUGAUGAACAUCCGAUUACUAACCACCAGACAGUUAUAAAAUUCAUUGAAAAAUGUUCAAAACUUCAACAUUUAGGACGACUAGACAAAUGGAACUUGGACAAGAAAUUUGUUAAACAAGUAAAAUUAUAUAUAAAAAAGAUGAACUAUGAGCUUAACAUUUACUAGAUGAUAAUGUUUACAUUUUCUGAUAAGACUGAUAAAUUACUAGAUCUUAAAUUAUGUUAACUUUCCUUUUAUAUUGUUAACUUUCUGUAUGAUAUUAUAAGGUAUUUUUAUAUUAGCUGUAUAUUUAAAAACUUUAAUUGUGUAAUUUUUUAACUUAAA